UAGCUUUUCUAGAAUACUAGUUUUCCUCUUAUCUCGUACAUGGAGGAGUGCUGUUUCGCCACAACUCUCUUGACCACUCGGAGUUUUCCUUCUAGUAGCCGGCUGCUCCGAAGACCCAGUUGGAAAAGACGUGAGAAAUACGACAUAAUAGACUUACUGUACUGUAAUGCAUUUCAAGCACUCUGAUUAAGCCUAAAACCCACUUGACCGACCUAAAACAAAAUCCAACAGCUUAAAACAAUGCACCCAAUCUCAAUAAAAAGAGAGCAUACUGUUUUUAUCGCCAGGGUUAAGAGGGUUUAACCGGCACAAUAUUCUGUAAUUGUCCUAUCUUCCUCAUCAGCAUUUGAACUUUUUGGCCAUCUGUAAGAAAUUUAUACAUUUAUUUUUUUUGGACAAUAAACGGUCAACUGGAAGAACUUUUCUCUUGUUAGCCGUCUCUUCGGUCAAAUUUGCCAAGGUGGGCUUUUAGUUUUGCCCCUUCAAAACCUCUCUAUAUAGUAGAAGGCUAUUGAUCUUGCAAACCCAUUGCAGUGUUCUGCAGACUUCCGAACUUCUUCAUUCUGUAGGGUUGGAAAACCUAGUUUUUGAAGACUUAGGGUUUGGUGUGGCUUUUGCCAAAUCUAUUGUUUCUGAUUUUGGGUUUCUAAGGAGUGAGGAGACUACUGUUGGGUUUCUGCUAAUUGGUUAUCUUAGGUAGUGGAUGUUGAUAAUUUGGCAUGGUCAAUUUUUUGAAAGAAGAGAGAAUUAGGUUUUGGAAGGGCUUUUAUUGAAUGUGCUCUCCGUGAUUUUGGGUUUUCAAGCAAUAAAUAUACUGCUAUUAGGUUUCUGUUUGUUAAUUAAUUCAGGUAGUGGAGUUGGAGGAUUGAGAAAAUCGGGAUUGAGGGAAUUUAUUCGUUCUCUGGGUUUAUGUUAGUUAGUGACUUAAAGGAUUAGGUAGUUUGCCAAUGAAUAUCGAAGUUUAGGUGUGCUAGACAAUCACGGCAGCUGGAGUACAUAUUGAAGAAAAGAAUUGUGAUUUGGUUUAAAAUAUAGUAUUUUAUAGUGUUUUGUUGAUUUUUGUUGUGUAUGGUUUUGGUUGAUUGGAGAGGAUAGAGCACCUGAAGCAGUGCCGACUUGGGCAGUUUUGUUUGGAUUGAUUCGGGGAGCACAGUGGAGAAUUGGGUGUUUCUGAUUGUAUAAUGGGUUCCUGGAAGGAAUUUUUACUCACAGAUGAGGCUUUAGGGACAUUCAUGCCCAUUGCUGUGUAUUGGGUUUAUUCUGGCCUUUAUUGCUUGCUGGAGCCUCUUGAUAGCUACAGACUGCAUACUGCCAAGGAGGAAAAGAUGAAGAAUUUGGUGUCUAGGAGUACUGUUGUUAAAGGGGUUUUGCUUCAACAGGCAAUUCAGGCUUUGGUUGCUAUGAUAUUAUUUACGGUGACUGGUCAAUCGGAAGAUGCUGGUUUAAUUUUGCAGCCUUCACUUCUUGUGCAAGCAAGACAAUUCCUAAUAGCAAUGUUGGUGAUGGAUACAUGGCAAUACUUUGUCCACCGCUAUAUGCACCAUAACAAGUUCUUGUAUCGUAAUUUUCAUUCACUGCAUCACAAACUCAUAGUUCCAUAUGCUUUUGGAGCAUUGUACAAUCAUCCAGUUGAGGGUUUACUUUUAGAUACUGUUGGUGGUGCUAUGUCUUUUCUUUUCUCUGGGAUGACACCUAGGACAUCCAUAUUUUUUUUCUCCUUUGCUACAAUUAAGACGGUAGAUGAUCAUUGUGGACUCUGGUUGCCUGGAAAUCCUUUCCAUAUGUUCUUCCAGAAUAACACAGCAUAUCAUGAUAUUCAUCACCAGCUCUAUGGGACUAAAUACAACUUCUCACAGCCUUUCUUUGUAAUGUGGGACAAAAUCCUUGGGACACAUAUGUCUUACACUCUGCAAAAACGACCUGAUGGUGGAUUUGAAGCUAGACCAGUCAAAAAUGAAUAACUUCUGGAACGCUUUUCCCCUCAUGUAGAUAUGUAUUUCCACUGUAUUGGUUACCAGCCAUGACAAGCAUUUGAUGUUUUAAUUUGUCAGGCUAGUCGGUAAUUUUACUUUCAUACUGUAACAUAGAUGAAAUCAAUAUAUAAGCAAAGCUUCUAAGUUGCGCUA